AUGGACUUGCUCGUUGAGCGCACGUUAUCCGACGAUGCGAGCACGCCUGCACAUGCGAACCUGACAGCAGUGAACUUUGACAACCAAGGUACAAUGACCACUGAUUCAGAUCAUGAUCAGGAGAAAGGAAUAAGCAAUCUGACUCGCCGCAUCGUAAUGAUAUUUGGAGGAGAAAAUGACCAACAAGAUGAGGAUGAUGAGCCUGGAGGAUUGCGGCAGUCUAUCACAGAAAUCUAUGUAAUUCGCAUGAAAGUAACACCGGAUGAUUGGACAGGAAAUUUGUCCUCGGGGAUGGAUGUGUAUUCAGUUUUGGACCCUUUGUGCGGUCAUAUACUGGACUACUUGGCUAAAUCAGAUUUCAGUUCUCACCUGAUCAAUGUACUGGCAAACACCAGAGUCCUAAGGCCAUACAUGUACACAGAUAUUCAACUGAUAUACUACAUGGGCGAGGACAAGUUUGAAAUAUUGCCAAAAACAAGAGAGAUUGUCAAUGAUUUGUCCAGUUUCACCAACAACUACAGUGGGUCUGUGAAGCUGGUGGGGUUUCAAUCUAAAAACGAAGACGAUAUUCUUCUCCCCGGUUGCGCAACCGAUGAAAACAAAAAUGGAGGUGAUCUGAACAAAGUAGAUAGUGAAGACCAAAGAACCGAAUCUGAUGAUCGAGAGGUAGACGAUAAUCAGCAAACCACGGAAACAAGAGAACACAUGACUACCAAUGCAAUCGAUCAUACUGAGACUGAUGCCAACAGACCGGAAGGAAACCGCUUAUAUGCACGCAGUGUUUGCGCAUUUUGGUUGAUUUUGAUGGGUGCUGAAUACCAUUCCGAAAUUUUAGACUACUUGGAUGAAUACGAUACGGGUUCACACUUGAUUGGUGCAAUCAUCAACUACAUAAUGGGUGGAUUGACUCUAUAUGCGGAAGUUAAGCUGACGUACUAUUUGGAUGUGGAUGGAUUUAAACGGCUUCCGACCGCAGAACAGAUGGUCCAACAGCUGAAGAGUUUUGCAAAAACGUACAAGGGGUCGGCGAGCUUAGGUGGUUUAUCAUUUAUAUAUUCGUCACCCACAGAUGAUCGAGCGACUGUGUUCACGGACUGUGCCAUGAAUGCGAGCGAAGCUGAAUAUGAUAUAAACGAACGGGGUACCGGAGACCGGAAAGCAGACUCCGACGGCUCAAAGGACGAAGACACUCACAAGACCACGAAAUCAGAACAUGACAUGAACAGCGUAAAGGACGAACAUAUCCAAGCAGAUUUGAAUGACAAUAAAAUUGGAGACAAACCGAAGGGUGAGAAGUUACGAGAUCAGAUGAAUAAAAAUAGUAGUCUUUGUCAUGUUUUAACAAACGUUACCAUGCCAAAUAGCUUUGAUGAUCGGUGUUUAUAA